AUGAACUUCAGCAGAGACGUGGCCCGACAGACCAGCUGUUAUACAUAUGUGAUAGAAGAUGAGGAUCCAGCCCUGGCAAGGCUUAAUGUGUUUGAGUUGUCCGAGAAGGGUGACCUGGCUCUCCUGGAGAACCUGGUGAGGAAGAGCCCAGAGGUCCUGAGUGAGAAAGAUGAAUGUGGAGCUAGUCCCCUUCAUCACGCCGCCGCAGGGGGCUACAUCACCCUCAUCCAAUUCAUUACCUCUGUCAUAGACCCACAGGAGCUGAACAGCUGUGAUGAACAGGGCAAUGUGCCCCUACAUUGGGCAGUGGAGAGGAACAAGGCGGAGAGCUGCAGGGCUCUUCUGGACCGGGGGGCCGACCCCAACAUCCUCAACGUGGCCCUCCUGUCUCCCCUGCAUCUGGCUGUCAGCCUUGGACACAACAACCUGGUGGAGCUGCUGCUGUCCUACAGCACUACAGACAGCAAUCUGCAGGGAGACCUUGGGAACACCCCAGUGAUGCUUGCUUGCUCCAUCAAUAACUGUGAGGCUCUCAGCAUAUUGUUAAAGCAUGGAGCGCGGCUUUGCAAACAGAACAAGCUUGGCCAUUUCCCCAUCCACGCAGCUGCCUUUGCAGGUGCUAGGAAAGCCAUGGAAGUGAUCCUGAAGGCCGGAGAGGAGUUUGGCCACCAGAUAGAUUUACACAUCAACUAUCUGGACAAGUCCAAGAGCAGUCCCCUCCAUCUGGCUGUACGCGGCGGGAAUAUGGAAGCCAUCCGUCUCUGCAUUACAAAUGGUGCUAAAGUUGACCAGCAACAGAAUGACAAGUCCACUCCACUUCAUUUGGCCUGCACCCAGGGUGCAACUGAGGUAGUCAAGCUGAUGCUGUCCUCAUUUGACCAAGUGGAAGACAUCAUCAACCUGACCGAUGGGGCGAAUCAGACCCCUCUGCACAGGGCUACAAUAUUUGACCACACAGAGCUGGCAGAGUACCUAAUUUCUUUGGGCGCAGACCUCGAUUGUGUUGAUUGUAAAGGAAACUCUCCCUUGCUCCUGGCUACGAGCUGUGGAGCGUGGAGAACUGUAAAUCUGUUACUGUCCAAAGGGGCAAAUGUAAAUGUGAAAGACAGAUGCGGUUGUAACUUCCUUCAUCUGGCCAUUCUGCAACCCAAGGGUCUGAGAAACCUCCCGGAUGAAGUACUGCAGCAUAACAGUGUGAAGACAUUGCUGAGCUGUGAGGAUAAUGAGGGCUGUACCCCACUCCACUACGCUUGCAGACUGGGUAUCCAUGACUCAGUGAAGAACAUGCUGGGCCUCUCGGGGCAGGUCGGCCUCCAAUGCAAGUCCAAGGACAAGAAGUCUGCCCUGCACUUUGCUGCUCAGUAUGGUCGUAUCAAUACAUGCCAGCGAUUGUUGGAGACCAUCACGGACUCUCGCUUGCUGAACGAAGGUGAUGAGCGAGGCCUGACACCACUCCAUCUGGCUUCGAGAGAGGGGCACACUCAGGUGGUGCAGCUGCUGUUGCGCAAAGGAGCUCUCUUCCAUAGUGAUUACAAAGGCUGGACUUGUCUGCACCACGCUGCGUCUUCAGGAUACACACAAACCAUGAACAUUCUCCUGUCAGCCAAUCUCAAGUUACUGGAUAAAACAGAUGAGGAUGGAAACACUGCACUCCACAUCGCAUCGAGAGAGGGACACGUGGCUGCUGUCAGGCUCAUGCUGAAUCGGGGAGCAGAGAUCAUUUUAAACAAGAAUGACACAUCGUUCCUCCAUGAGGCUCUGCAGAACGGGAGGAAAGAUGUGGUCAACGCUGUGAUUGACAGCGACAGAUGUGUCGAGUCUUUGAAGCUGUUCACACCUGGCAGCAGUCAGAGAUGUCCAGUAUUCGACAUGAUUGAGUUCCUUCCUGAGACCUACAAGCACCUGUUGGACAGCUGCGUGAGGGAAUCUGAAGACGAUCACAACAGUUUGGACUACCAUAUUGUAUACAACUUUGCAUGGCUCCAAGCCCCCCUUGAAUUGAAGAAGGAAACUGACAAGACAUUGAGAGUCCGGCCGCUGGCUGCACUAAACGCAAUGGUGCAAUACAACCGCAUUGAACUCCUCAACCACCCUGUCUGCAAAAAGUACCUCGAAAUGAAGUGGGUCGCUUAUGGGAGCAAGGCUCAUUUGCUCAACAUGUUUCUGUACCUGUUGGGCCUGCUGCCCCUGACUCACCUGGUGGUGACUCUGAGGCCCUCUUUAAACACCACUGCAAUAGGCGAGCACACUAUCACCAUGGUGCCCGUAUCUUUCACAGAGCAAAAUCUAUUCCUGUCCUUCUGCAUGGUGAUGGUCGUGAUCAUGAACGUCUAUGCCAUGGCGAAGGAAAUAGUGCAGAUAUCACAACAGCGCUGGAAUUACUUCAGGGAUUACUCCAACCAGUCCGACUGGUGUUCAGCCAUCCUCUCUCUUCUGUUCAUCAUUCCCAUCAUGCUCAAUGCAGAAGGUUCUUUUCACUGGCAAGCAGGGGCAUUGGCAGUUUUACUGUCCUGGAUCGGAUUUCUCCUUUAUCUCCAGAGGUUUGAGGGCAUUGGCAUCUAUGUUGUGAUGUUUUGGGAGAUCAUGAAGACUCUGGUCCGGAUUGUAAUGCUGUUCUUUUACCUGAUGUUAGCAUUCAGCUUGGCUUUCCAUGCUCUGAUGCUCAACCAGAAAGAGUUUGACAGCGUGCCCCUCUCUGUGAUACAAACCUUCGUGAUGAUGGUUGGCGAACUGAACUACCAGAAUAACUUCCUGGAAAUUUAUCUGAAGAAUGAGCUGCCUUUUGGUUUCCUAACGUAUUUUAUUUUUGUGAACUUUGUUCUGCUCAUGCCGAUUCUGCUGGUGAACCUGAUGAUCGGUUUAGCGGUGGGAGACAUUGCUGAAGUGCAAAGAAAUGCUGCCCUAAAAAGGAUAGCCAUGCAGAUCGAACUCCACACGGCUCUGGAAGACAAGCUGCCUUAUUGGUUUGUGAAACGAGUUGACAAGAGCUCCAUCAUCAUCUACCCCAACCGCAAGUGCUCCAAGCACUAUUUAACACAAUUAAUCAUCGGUGAAAAGGAGAAGAAUGAAGUCUGGAGUCGUGUGCAGGCCAAAUCACAGCAGUGCUCAAUAAUAGAGACAGAGCUCAAAAAGCAGAAGUACAGGAUGAAGGAGAUGUCGAGCACGUUGGAGAAGCAGCACAGCCUCCUGAAGCUCAUCAUCCAGAAGAUGGAGAUCACCACGGAGGCUGACGAGUAUGACGGUCCGGUGAACGUCAGGGGCAGGAUGUGGCCGAGCUUGAGUCAGGUGAAACCAAGAAGACACGAAGUGUCCCGUUGGGUCCCACUGAUGAAGGCCAUCGAGUCCAAGAAGAAAUGAACAAGAUGAGAAAAAUACAACAUCUCAACAGAGCAUCAACUACUAAGUGAAUUAUCUCUGCAUUGUAAAAGUCCAGGCAUAACUUCAAAUUAUUUUGUUUCUGCACUAUGUAAUUCAUCAUGUUAACAUUUAGCACUGUAUCCACUAUAUGUAUUCUGGAUAUUUUAACAGUUAAUUUAACUAUGUGCUCUUAGCUGAGUUGUCUUAACUAUUACAUGUUUAAUCCCAAAUACUGUUGCAUUAUGAAGUACCAAUAAUUGUAAAAUCUUUUCAUCGCAUGCUGAAAUAGCAACGUUUCUUGUCCAAAACGGUGCUUAACUUACACCAGUGACCCUCUGACAACGUUGAGUGUUAACGUCAUUUUGUGUUGUGUAUGCCGUGCUGUCAUUGUGUUACACAGUAGCUCUUUCUGUAUUGCUGUAAUGUGCCUUAAUGUGCAAUAUACACUCUUUUAUCUCUCACAUAUGAUGUUUCCCCUCUCCCUCCGUCUCACCCCAUCAUUAAACAUGUCUACGAUCUUGAAAGAUAAAGGAAUGUUUUGGGGCUUCUUGUAUUAUUAAACUUGUAAGUUUUCAUCGAUUUUCAGUUUGGUGGUUGAGACACAGACAAAAUUUAAAGCUGCAAUAAGAGCUGAGAGGACACCACCCAUGUGUGGAUGAAUUACUAUGGCAAGCAAGAAUUUCUAUGAAAAACCCAUAACA